AUGACAAGAUUUGCCAGAGAACACGGCUACCCUGAAUCAGACCACAAUGCCUUGCGAAAGGGGAUUCAGCGAGGAACGAACCAACUUCUUUUUCUUAAGUGGCUGAACGAUAACUCCACCUUGUCUGACCAAAAUGAUGCUGCCAAAGGAAUCCUGGCCGUUGUCACAAUUUUCGAGUAUGGUCUAUUUCAAGCUCUUUCAGCUUCGGAAUUACCAAGACUCGCAAAAUCCUUGCUGCAGGAAUGCGAAAGCUCUGAGGUCAUCAUUGACAGUCAAAGUGACCAGAGAAAUGUUGUUCUUGUAUCAGCACGGUGUAUCUCACAGUGGUUUGAGAACUUAAGUGGAGACUUUGAAAUGAUCUCACAAACAAUGAAACGAAGGAGGAGAGACACCAAUUCACUCGCACAUGUGACAUCUUCUCAAGCCGGCGAUGGGCCAGUGGCUCCAACUCAUGUACCGCCUGUGGACAACCAGCCUGAACCAGAUGAUGACCCGGAUGCAACGACGAACUGCCAACCUAGCGAUGUUGUUUACCCCAGCAUAAACUCUCAUGAACUCACGACAUUCUCCACAUUUCCUCGUGCUGAAGCAAACCCCCAGAGAAGUCAGAUAGAUCCUUCAUUCAUGCAACUUCAACAUAUCCCAGAAGAGCUUGAGAUCGUGCUAAACCCAAGAUCACACGAUCUGGCUCAAUUCUCUAGAAAUACAACCACUGUCAAUUGCAGCCUAGCUAGUGACUCUGAGCCAUGUAGCAUGUCCCACGAGAUAAGUCUAUUCUCCACCAGGCCAUCAAAUAUCCCAAAUCAACAACACCUAUUCGUUCCAUCAUCAUGCUCUGCAUUUUCCGGUGAUGUUCGCAAUACGCUGUCGGACAUACGAACCACACGGAAUAUAGGCUCUCACGAGCUCUCUUCUUUUUCCACCAUCCCAGCAUGA